ACUUGUUUGACUCUUACGAGCCACCAUCGGCUGCACAACACACGUGAUCUAGCCAGUCAGUUGACGAGGCAAAACACGGCAGUGGUUCAGAGACAGAGGGGCGAUAUGGACCAUCAUCAGAUUGACAGGGUGGGCCUUUUGUCUCCCCUGGAGGAGUCCAGCGCUGAGAUAAGCAGAGACAGCGGCAUCGUCUCCCAAAGUGCGAGCAGUCUGUCCAUGGUGAGCGAAAUCCUGAGCAGCGGCACCGUGUCGCAGAGCCCCAGCUUUGGCGCGGCAGCUAACGUUAACCCUCAAAGCCCGAGCCUCCACGAAGCGGCGGAGCCCGGGACGACCGACCAGCACGACCCGGAGCAGGACGACGAGGUCCUGAGACACACCGCCCUCAGCUACUCCUCCUACAUCAGGGCCACAGCUGGAGAAGAGAUCCUCUGCUUGGAGAAGAGCUUGGAAGAAAUGCUGACAAGAGUAGAUGAGUUUGUUGGAAUGCUGGAUAUGAUCCGUAAUGACACCUUCCAGAUAGUGAAUGAAAACCUACCUCAAAUCCAGCAGAAGUCUGAUGAAAUGAGACAAAUAUACAGAAGAAUUGAUAAGCUAGAGGCCUUUGUAAAGAUGGUGGGAGCCAAUGUCAGCGCCAUGGAGGAGCAAGUCACGCAGGCAGAAGGAGAACUAGGAACACUACCGGGCGCGUUCAAGAAAAUCCUCCGCAGUGUCCCAGGCUUCUUAAAUAAACCAGCCAGCCCAAGAAGACCAGCACCACAUCAGCGUCAAGAGGUCCCCAGCGUAUUCCGGACAGAUGAUUAUUUCACAUCACAGCCAGAGCAGUGACACGCCAGAACAUCUAACACAUAACUUGGUUCUAACCUCAGAGGCCUGUUUUGGGGGAAACUGUAGAGACAACUUUUACUGCCAUCCAUUGCAAGAGGAUCUAUCGGUGCAGUGGCCUCAACAAAGCAAUAGUAGCCUUUCUGAACAAGUCACUGAAAGUCGAGUGCGUGAAGACGCUCUGCAUUUUUGAGUGUCGUCUUCCUGGCAGCAACAAGCACUGAAGUGUAGCAAAAUGAUGUUAAAAGUGCCUAAAUGGGUCUUAUUUCUGUCAGUCUUGUUUUCACUAACUGUGAAGAACAUAAUGUCAGUUUUUAAAUGUGACAAGUCAGGAGAACAAAGUCAUCCCACUGUAAAGAAGGUACAACAGGAGGAGCUGUAAAGAUCUGAAGAUGUAUUACACAAAGAAUUAACCCAGCUUUUUUAUAGUUUACAUUCCUGACACUGGUGUUUGUAAAAACCAGCAUGCUGUUAUGAAUUAAUCUGUAUUUCCAAUAUCUCAUCACUCCCCCAAGCAAUCUCAUCCAGUUAAGCAUUUAAUGUCCUCCAUUUCAAAAUAUUCACUUUAUUGCUAACCUGACGCAAUUGGAUAUGGAUGACAGUUGCCCCAUUGAUGUGGGGCUACAUCUUUAAUGGCACUUUUUCAACAAAAAAAACAAAAAAAAAAAAAAACAAAAAAGCACACUAUUGAUGAGAUGUGUUUGAUUCACAAGGCAGACUAUCUGAAGCUGUGAGCGAGUGAGUUUUGUAACAAUAACUGGACGAAAGUUGGAUCUCGUCCUUGGGAGAAAACUGUACCUUAGAGAUGUGAUGUGGCCCUUACCCUUCCAACAAGGUUUAAUCAGUAAUGGUCACAGCUAUGACCAUUAUUCGAUCCAUUAUUUGCCAAAAUAGUUAGAAAUAAAGAUGUUUAAUUUAUAGAAUGAUUUUGGUUUAUGUUUUUAAAAUAAUCAUUAAAGAUUUAUUUGAGUCAA